AUGCUCCCUUUAAAUAGCGAAGAGCUUCGACAGUUGGAAUCAAAGUUGCGCGACGCCUACCGCGCUAAAGAAAAUCUCUCUCAAAUUGCAAAGAAGAAAUCACUGAAGUUUUGCGAGUUGGUGUCUGAGGCUAAGUAUGGCUUAGCUUUAGAGGAGGAAUCACGUCAGGCAGAUGCUGAAGAGGUUGCACGCCAUAGGACACAUCUUCAAGAGAAACAGAAAUACAGUGCUGAGCUGGAUAAGCAAUUAAGAGAACAAGCACAAAAACGGAUGCGCGCAUAUGAAGAGUUUCUCCGCGAAAAGAUGGCUAUUGACGAGGUUGUCCGACGAAUACACGAAGAAGAUCAACAACAGGCAGAGCAGCGGCUGCAGAGAAAGCGUGCGUAUGCCGCUGAAAUGGAAGCUUUUAAGAUGCAGCAACUCCGAUGGCGCCUGGCCGAAAAGGAGCGCAUUCGGCAAGAAAAUGAACGCAUUGUUAAGGAGAUUGCUGAGCAAGAAAGCCGAGAAGACAUCUCUGCAAGGAAUAGGCUUGAGCGACAAAAGAAUCUUGAGGAAAUUCAGGCAAGUAAUCGAGCUACCAUAAAUCCCUUCGUUUUGAUCGAUUCUGAUCUGCGUUCAUUCGUGUCUAAUCUCUUACCACAGGCAAAGCUGAGGAAGUUUAUUGAAUGUAAGGAAGCAGAGCGAACGGAGGUGGAGAUGCUUCGACAGGAGCUCUCACAGGAAGAAGCUGCCUAUGCGGCAAUGAAAACUGAUGAAGUGGAUGUUGAGCAGAAGCUACGUCUGCGUCUGGAGCUGCAAAAUGCCCACCAACAGGCGCUUGCUCAGCGCGCGCGACGACUGGCUGCCGAACGCGAAGAGGAAGAAUUAUAUCGCACUCAGAUGCUGGCCCAAAUGGCUGAGAGAGAUCGUCUGGAACAGUUAUCUGACGAAAAGCGCCGCCUUAAGCUGAUGGAACACAGACGAGACCUUCAGGUCAUGCUGGAGAAGAAGAGGCAGGAGGUGGAGAAGCAGCGACAAGAAGAGGAGGACGCGCAAGCUGCUAUUCUGCGCCGCGAAGAAGUCAGGCGGCUCAUUAUCGAGGAGGAGCGGAUUCGCCUGCUGAAGGAACACGCCAAGCCGCUUCUCGGGUAUUUGCCAAAGGUAUGGCGGCAUUCCCUGCAUUUCAAAGUUCCUCUAUUGCAUUUCUGGAUAAUAAAUCCACUGUCUUAUACUUUAACAGCAGAGGGCGUGCUGUGCGAUGCGCCCCUGUCGCACUGUCACGACACCUUCCGUGCAUGGCACGACAGUUCACCACCGCCCCCCGUUUCUACUCCUCGAGAGAAGAAACCCGGCUAG